AUGGCUGCGAAUAUAGCAGGCACCUCCCCGUCAUCUGAAUCAAAUCUGAGUCGUCCUGUGGCUUGCAAAAGAUGUCGAGGGCGUCGCACAUAUUGCUCCAAGGAGCAGCCUAUUUGUGCAAGCUGUAGAGAAGGCAAUCACGAGUGUGUUUAUGAGUCUGGGCGUAAGAUUGUGGUCUCAGAAAGCUAUCUGCGAGAUCUCGAAGCCAAGCUGAAGUCGUAUGAAGCGAGUUCAGCAACUGCAGCUCCACAGCCCUCGUCUGUUGGCAGAAAGAACGAUCCAGAGCUCGACGUAAACCCUCUCAUGGACAAUUUUGCCAACCUUGUCAUCAGCCCAUCCGGCAAACAUCACUACCUGGGAAGCUCUUCAUCUACAAUUCUUGGCAGGAGGUUUCGAGAUAUCGUAGGUAUCACCAACUCUGGACUAGACCUCGAUCAAGAGUACUCGACCUACAACCACUCCGCUCUGCGUUUGCGGCGGCUGUCAGUCGUUGAUAAUGUUAUGCUACCCCCUGCUGCAUUUGCCAAGCGCCUCUACAUUGCUCAACAUUCGUAUAUCGGGACAAUCUUUGCGUUUUGUACCCCAGAUGUGUUUGAGGAACAACUUCAACAAGCAUAUCGAGGACCUCCAGAUAUUGGCGAUAGAGAAGCCUGCCUCGCAUACUGCCAAACACUUCUAGUACUGGCGUUCGGUCAACUAUAUUCUGUCAACCAAUGGUCUGGUUUCGAUGGUCCUCCAGGAUUCGACUUCUUCACUCAAGCUCUGCAAUAUCUACCAGACAUGUAUGAAGAAGGUUCAGUCCUCUUUGUGGGCGUCUUGGCUCUGAUUGGAUACUUUUUGCAGAAUCUCAAUCGCCGCGAUGCUGCCUUCUUGUAUGUAGGCACUGCGUUGAGAAUGGCCAUCUCUCUUGCCUUACAUCAAGAAGUACCAGACCCUCGGCUCGACGAAGCGAGCAAAGAGCAACGCCGUCGCAUCUGGUGGAGCGUGUAUUCGUUGGACAGGAUACUCUGCGUCAAAUCUGGCAAUCCUUUGACUAUCGACGAUCAAGACAUUGCUGUAAAGCUUCCAAACAGACUCAGCAACGAGCCAGAAUACUGCCCCGCAGUGUGUUUACGACAUUACACGCAACUAUCACGAAUUCUUGGACGAAUCAUGAAAACCAUUUACAGAAGAACACCCAAGAGCGGAUCAACACUUAUUGCAUCUGUUUCCGAGAUCAUGACUGAUCUUUCUACAUGGCACCGAGACUUGCCUAACGAGCUCCGCUUUGAUCCUGCAAAGCUGAACGUAUCUCGAGAGUCUGUUUCAACAUUCUUGCACUAUCAUCAAUGCAUCAAUCUCACCGCUCGACCUCUUCUCUUCCAUGUGGUAGAGAAACGUCUACACGGUAAUGCUGACGAUCUUAGCAAGGAUUGGAGAGACGGCCUAUCUCCUACUACGAUUGCUGUGAUUGAUAUGUGUGUUAGCGCAGCCAAAGACUCUGUGAACAUGAUGACUUUGGCUGCCACGAAAGACCUGGUUGCAACAUAUGGCUAUAUGGAUGGUGAGCAUGCUUUUUCUGCUGCCAUCGUCCUCGUAAUGGUCUGUGUUGCGUUCCCUGCCACCAGAUCAGAGUUUAUGGCUAUGGAUCAAGCACUUGAGCUUCUUCAAGGCAUGGCUGAAAGAGGUAAUACACACAUUGCUGCAAGGCAUCAGCUGCUCUCCCACUUGCGCUCUCUGAUUUCACUGCCAUCUGUCAACGUCGCCUCUACACCACCGGCUGCAUCAAUGCCUCAACAAAACACAACGUUUGUCGAUGUCAAUCAGAUGCUGUCAUACGAUGCUGGCAAUGUGGACUUUGGUCUGUGGGAGGAAGGUUACACAAAUCCAGAUCUUGAUAUCGACUUCCAGGACCUGACUCAAUGGACGCAAGCGGCACAAAACACCUACGGCAUAGGAUCAAUGUGA